GCAACCCGGUCCUGAUGACACAAGUAUUUUUCCGUCGCCCGAGUAUAUAACCGUGGAUCAGCCCCUCACGCGUGGAGCGAAUUCGAAGCCACCCACAAACGAGCGAUAAACACGGCGUGCACAGCAAAAAGCAAGGUGCGUCAAUUUGGCCACGCUUUUGUUUGGUUCGAGAUUGGCCCGGAUGAAGUCAGUCCGCAGAGCAGAGAUUGCUUGGGACGUGGUGAGCUGCUCCCAAUGUGGGGUUCCGUUUGAGGGACCCCACCAUUGCUUGCGCUCUGGUCUUCUGUCCGUUGGGCAAAACAAAAUCUCAAUCAAAUCCCUCAGAACCAUCUUUCGCCUCCUCUUCAAGAAUUCCCCAAGUAACCUCUUUCAAGCAGACUCGACCGCUUCUUGAUCCGAUCAGAAUGGCCCCAUUGGAACUCUCUCGCAAGUCUGGCGUUAUCGUCGGCGACGACGUGCUGGCGCUCUUCAACCAUGCUCACGCCAACGGCUACGCCAUCCCGGCCAUUAACGUUACCUCGUCCUCCACCGUGGUCGCUGCCCUCGAAGCCGCCCGUGAUGCGAAAGCCCCCAUCAUCCUGCAGACCUCGCAGGGUGGUGCUGCGUACUUCGCCGGCAAGGGCGUCGACAACAAGGACCAGUAUGCCUCGAUACAGGGCGCCAUUGCCGCAGCCCACUACAUCCGUGCCGUGGCCCCGGCUUACGGUAUUCCCGUCGUCCUGCACACCGACCACUGCGCCAAGAAGCUUCUUCCAUGGCUAGACGGCAUGCUUGAAGCUGACGAGGCAUACUUUAAGACGCAUGGCGAGCCACUCUUCUCCUCCCACAUGAUCGAUCUGUCUGAGGAGCCUGUUGAGUACAACAUCAAGACCACUGCCGAAUACCUCAAGAGGGCUGCACCAAUGAAGCAGUGGCUUGAGAUGGAGAUCGGCAUCACUGGUGGCGAGGAGGACGGUGUCAACAACGAGAGUGUGGACAACAACUCCCUCUACACCCAGCCAGAAGAUAUCUACGAGAUCUACAAGACUCUCAGCCCUAUUUCUCCAUACUUCUCGAUCGCUGCCGGUUUCGGCAACGUGCACGGCGUGUACAAGCCUGGCAAUGUUAAGCUCCACCCAGAGCUCCUCCAGAAGCACCAGGCCUACGUCAAGGAGAAGACUGGUUCGGACAAGACCAAGCCAGUCUAUCUCGUCUUCCACGGCGGCUCUGGUUCCACCCUCAAGGAAUAUCAGGACGCUAUUAGCUACGGUGUUGUCAAGGUCAACCUCGAUACUGAUCUACAGUGGGCUUACCUUACCGGUGUCCGUGACUAUAUGGCCAACAAGAAGGACUACUUGACCUCGCAAGUCGGCAACCCAGAGGGCCCGGAUAAACCAAAUAAGAAGUACUACGACCCACGUGUGUGGGUGCGUGAGGGCGAGAAGACGAUGAGCAAGCGUGUCGCACAGGCGCUCAAGGACUUCAACACCGCCGGUCAACUGUGACUAAAUGGCAGCAACUCGCCGAAGCUUUAGUCAACUUGCGAUGCUGAAACGUUUUGACAUGAAAAUGGAAGAUGGGAAGCAGGCUCUGAUACGGAUGUUCUACACAAUGUGUAUUUGACAUAGGUACCACGGAAUUGGCCGCUUUCACUAUAGAUUUUAUUAUUUCAACGCACAUGCUCUCGUAAUGCUGUCUUUCAUAUCCUCCUUUCAUUUUUCUUGCUCCUUUGUGUUCUGGAUGCAGUUGAGGCUAUGUGCCUUUUCGAGUGAUGACUAUGAACCUAGAGGCUAGAGCUCGUCUAGAGAUAUAACAGCACGUGCCUUAAAACAUUCGAUACGAGCUUAAUCCGAUAACGUACGCUGAUGUUUACUUGGGGGUUGCAGUUAAGAUCUUAAUAAUUCUCUGCUUGAUCAUAACUUCUCGUACUCUAAGCGAAUUUAUCGUCGCAUUUCUCAAUCUCUC